GGGCGCGCCGCCGCUUCCUCCGCUCGCGGCCCCGGAUGCGCCGAGCGAAGCGGCGCCGCCUCGACCCCCGCCCCCAGCCCUCGGCCGGACGCGGCAGGAGUGCGGCCCAGGCCCGGAAUAUCAUGUCGCGUCCGUGACCGGCGCUGCGUGACCCUUGGGUCUGUCUCUGCCCGUGGCAUCUCAAGACUCGUCGUGGUGUGGGUCAGUUCCGUCCUUACCUCGCCGAGGCUGCUCCAGUGUUGUGUCCCGUCGCCGGGUGAAGGAGAACAUUAAGUUGGAUUAAAAAGAGGGGUGAUAAUGCACCAUGGCAGCGGCCCGCAGAGUGUCCAGCACCAGCUGCAGCGGUCCAGGGCCUUCGCCCCCAGCGAAGGCGAGGAACAGCAGGCCCACCCAAACCCGCCCCAGUCCCCUGCCACGCCCUUCGCGCCUUCGGCCAGCCCGUCCGCACCGCAGUCUCCCGGGUACCAAGUUCAGCAGCUGAUGAAUAGGAGCCCCGUGACGGGACAGAACGUGAACAUCGCCCUGCAGAGUGUCGGCCCGGUGGUGGCAGGAAACCCGCAGAUCACGCUCGCUCCUCUGCCACUCCCCAGCCCCGCUUCUCCAGGCUUCCAGUUUGGCACCCAGCAGAGGCGCUUUGAGCAUGGGUCUCCGUCGUACAUCCAGGUCACCUCACCACUGUCCCAGCAGGUGCAGACUCAGAGUCCCACCCAGCCCAGUGCCGGGCCGGGGCCGGGCCUGCAGAGCGUGCGGGCCGGCACCCCUGGCCCUGGUCUGGGCCUCUGCAGCAGCAGUCCUACCGGGGGCUUCGUGGACGCCAGCGUGUUAGUCAGGCAGAUGAGCUUGAGCCCAUCUAGUAGCGGGCACUUUGUGUUUCAGGAGAGCCCCAGCCUCGCCCAGAUGGCCCCGGGCACCCAGGUGCAGCUGCAGCACGCGGGGGCUCCCAUCGCGGUCCGAGAGCGGAGACUAUCGCAGCCCCACACGCAGUCCGGGGGCACCGUCCACCACCUGGGGCCCCAGAGCCCCGCGGCCGCGGGUGCGGCCGGCCUGCAGCCCCUGGCCAGCCCCGGCCACAUCGCCACAGCGAGCUUGCCGCCCCAGAUCAGCAGUCUCAUCCAGGGCCAGCUGGUCCAGCAGCAGCAGGUGCUGCAGGGGCCGCCGCUGACCAGACCCCUGCUCCCCGGGGUCGGGCUUGGGGGGGCUUCGGCCUUCGGGAUGACCUCCCCGCCGCCCCCCAGCAGCCCCUCCAGGACUGCAGUGCCCCCGGGCCUCUCCAGCCUUCCUCUGACCUCUGCGGGGAGUGCAGGCGUGAGGAAGGCCCCCAAGAAGUUGGAGGAGAUCCCCCCGGCCUCCCAGGAGCUGGCCCAGAUGAGGAAGCAGUGCCUGGACUACCACUACCGGGAAAUGGAGGCGCUGAAAGAGGCCUUCAAGGAGUAUCUGAUCGAGUUGUUCUUCUUGCAACACCUUCAAGGGAACAUGAUGGACUUCUUGGCUUUCAAGAAGAAGCAUUAUGCCCCGUUGCAAGCUUAUCUUAGGCAGAAUGAUUUGGACCUGGAGGAGGAGGAGGAGGAGGAGGAGGAGGAGGAGGAGGAGGAGGAAGAAAAGUCUGAGGUUAUCAACGAUGAGGUAAAGGUUGUGACAGGAAAGGAUGGGCAGACUGGUACUCCCGUUGCUAUAGCAACCCAGCUUCCGCCAAAUGUUUCUGCUGCUUUUUCAUCCCAGCAGCAACCGCUUCAGCAGCAAGCUCUGGCGGGGGCCCUUGUGGCGGGGCCCGCGAGUGUGGCAGAGACGGACCCCUUUAAGAGGCAGCAGGCGGGGACCCCGGCAGAGCCUUCUAAGCGGCCUCGGCUUGAAGUGGGCCACCAGGGGCCAGUUUUCCAGCACCCGGGGGCGAACGCAGGGGUUCCUCUUCAGCAGCUCAUGCCCACGGCUCAAGGAGGAAUGCCUCCGGCCCCUCAAGCUGCCCAGCUCGCCGGACAGAAGCAAAGCCAGCAGCAGUACGACCCAUCCACGGGGCCCCCGGUGCAGAACGCCGCCAGCCUGCACACCCCGCCGCCGCAGCUCCCUGGCAGGCUGCCCCCCGCCGGCCUUCCCGCCGCACCCCUCCCGCCAGCGCUGCACUUUCCUCAGCAGCCUCCGGCGGUGGAGCCUCACGUGCAGCUCCAGGUCCCUGUGAAGACGCCACAGUCGAAUGCCUCUAUCCCCGUGCCCCCGCCCAGCCAGCUGCCGGUGCCGCCGCCGCAGCCCGUGCCGCAGUCCCUGCACGCCCCGAUGCCUGGGAAGGCUCAGAUGCAGGCUGCUCAGCUCUCUUCCCAGCCACAGACGGUGGCGUCGACGAGACCGCCCGUGGACCCUGCCCAGCCCUGUCAGCGACCCCCGCCGGCGGCCUCUUCUACCUCGUCCAUAGCUCCUGCCGGCGGCUCGGGCCCGUCACCGGUACGGGUCUCUGCAGGGAGUAGACCCUCCUCGGCAGCCAACAAGUCGCUGUCUCCGGUCACCUCCCGGUCCCUGGGGGCAGCUGUGUCAGCACCGCCCAAACCCCAGAGCCCAGCUCAGAAUGCCGCCCCACCCCAAGACAGCUCUCAGGACAAGCUGGCAGAACAGAUAGCACUGGAAAACCAGAUCCAUCAGCGGAUAGCAGAUUUGAGGAAAGAAGGCCUGUGGUCCCUCAGGCGGUUGCCCAAACUGCAGGAGGCCCCACGCCCCAAGUCGCACUGGGACUAUCUGCUGGAGGAGAUGCAGUGGAUGGCCACGGACUUUGCCCAGGAGAGGAGGUGGAAGAUGGCCGCGGCCAGGAAGCUCAUCAGGACAGCGGCGCGUCACCACGAGGAGAAGCAGCUGCGUGAGGAGAGGGGAAGGAAGGAGGAGCAGAGCCGACUGAGGCGCAUCGCCGCCUCCGCCGCCCGGGAGAUAGAGUGCUUUUGGUCGAAUAUUGAACAGGUCGUGGAGAUCAAACUACAAGUAGAAUUGGAAGAGAAAAGGAAAAAAGCCUUAACUUUACAGAAGGUGCCCAGGAGAGGAAAAGAGUCGAGGCCUCAGGGGCUGGAUGCACUGCCGGAAGCUUUCCUGGAGUCGGGGUUGUCCGGAAGGAAGAGGAAAGCUAGCACAUCUCUGACUGACGAUGAAGUGGAAGACGAGGAGGAGACCAUAGAAGAGGAAGAAGCAAACGAGGGGGCCGUGGACCACCAGGCAGAGCUGUCCAGCUUAGCCAAAGAAGCUGAAUUGCCCUUAAUUGACUUGAUGAAGUUGUACGAAGGAGCUUUUCUGCCCAGUUUCCAGUGGCCGCAACCGAAGCCCGACAGUGAGGAGGCGAGCGAAGAAGAAGAUGUGGAAGGCGCCCCGGGCGACCGGGAGGGCCGGAAGGAUGUGGUUCUCAUAGACUCGCUGUUCAUCAUGGACCAGUUCAAAGCUGCGGAGAGAAUGACUCUUGGGAGCCCUCACACAAAGGACAUCGCGGAGGUGACCGCCGUGGCCGAAGCUGUCCUGCCGAAGGGCAGUGCUCGGGUCAGCCCCACGGUGAAGUUGAACGCGCCAUCUCUGUUGUACGGCGCGCUCAGGGACUACCAGAAGAUUGGCCUGGACUGGCUCGCCAAACUCUACCGGAAGAACCUCAACGGCAUCCUGGCGGACGAAGCUGGGCUGGGCAAGACGGUGCAGGUCAUUGCUUUCUUUGCCCACCUAGCUUGCAACGAAGGCAACUGGGGCCCUCAUCUCGUGGUUGUGAGAGGCUGUAACAUCCUCAAGUGGGAGCUCGAGCUGAAGCGGUGGUGCCCCGGGCUCAAAACCCUCCUGUAUGUCGGCAGCCACAGAGAACUGAAAGCCAAGAGACAGGAGUGGACGGAGCCCAACAGCUUCAAUGUGUGCAUCGCGCCCUACAAGCACUUCUUCAGGGGCUAUGCGGCCUUCACGCGUGUGCGGUGGCGCUGCCUGGUCAUCGACGAGAUGCAGCGUGUCCGCGGCAUGACCGAGAGGCACUGGGAGGCUGUGUUCACCCUGAAGAGCCAACAGCGCCUGCUGCUGAUCGACGCGCCCCUGCACAACACCUUCCUGGAGCUCUGGACCAUGGUGCACUUCCUCAUCCCCGGCAUCUCCAGGCCUUACCUGCACCUGCCCCUGAAGGCCCCCAACGACGAGAAUCAGGACUACUACCACAAAGUGGUCAUACGGCUGCACCGGGUACGUGUGUGGGGUACGUGUGCGGCAGCCGCGGCGCUGAGCCUUGCACCGGCUGUGGCGACGGGGGUUCGGCACGGGGGCGACGCACACUCGUCUCCUUCGCAGGUGACGCAGCCCUUCAUCUUGAGGAGAACUAAGAGAGACGUGGAGAAGCAGCUGACGAAGAAGUACGAGCACGUGCUGAAGUGCCGCCUGUCGAGUCGGCAGAAGGCCUUGUACGAGGACGUGAUCCUGCAGCCUGGGACCCAGGAGGCGCUGAAGAGUGGCCACUUUGUGGACGUGCUGAGCAUCCUGCUGCGGCUGCAGAGGAUCUGCAACCACCCCGGGCUGGUGGAGCCCCGGCUCCCGGAGUCGUCAUACACGGCGGGGCCUCUGCAGUACCGCUCGGCCUCCCUUGUCCUCAAGGCGCUUGACGGGGACUCCUGGAAGGAAACGGAUCUCUCUAUAUUUGAUCUUAUUGGCUUAGAGAACAAAAUGACUCGCCACGAAGCAGAAUUGCUGUGUAAGAAGAAGGUGACACGGAAGCUCAUGGACGAGCUGUACACCGCGCCGCCCCCGUCGGGCAGGCCGGCGACCCUCAGACUGAAGCCCAGCAGGUUGUUUCAGCCCGUGCAGUACGGCCAGAAGCCCGAGGGUCGCACCGUGGCUUUCCCCAGCACACACCUGCCCCGGACGGCAGCCUCUGCUGCAGCCACGGCCACUCCUCAGGGCCACGUGAGAGGACGGCCACCAGUUGCCACGUUCUCUGCCAAUCCAGAUGCAAAAGUGGCGGCAGCCCCGUUUCAGAGCUCCCAGGCCUCCGCCGGCGCGCCCGCUCCGAGACAGCCGCCCGCCUCGACCUCCGGCGCAGCACCUGCCCCGGCCCAUCCUGCGAAACCGCGGGCCCCGCCCCCGCCCCCGCCCCCGGGCCCCCCGCACCCGGCGGGGCCGAGCGCGCUGCCUCAGGGGCUGGUGCUCACCUCGCAGGCUCAGGCGCGCCUGCCCAGUGGGGAGGUGGUCAAAAUAGCCCAGCUGGCUUCCCUGGCAGGGCCGCAGAGCCGGGUCGCCCAGCCAGAGACCCCGGUGACGCUGCAGUUUCAGGGGAACAAGUUCACCUUGUCACACAGCCAGCUGCGGCAGCUCACCGCUGGCCAGCCCCUGCAGCUGCAAGGCAGCGUUCUUCAGAUCGUGUCCGCUCCGGGGCAGUCCUACCUGCGACCGCCAGGCCCCGUGGUGAUGCAGACCAUGUCUCAGGCGGGCGCCCUCAACGCCCUGGGAAGCAAGCCCCCGGCCGGUGGCCCGGGCCCAGCCCCCGUGACUGCGCCAGUUGGUGUGCCGGGGCGAGUGGCAGUCAACCCGCUGCCUGCGGGAGAACCCGGAAUGGCCUCCAAACCGGCCUCUCCUGUCGGGGGGCCAACUCAGGAGGAGAAGGGCAGACUUCGGAAGGAGCGGCUGGACCGGGUCUACUUUGUCAACGAGCGGCGCUGCUCGCGGGCCCCCGUCUACGGCCGAGAUCUGCUGCGGAUUUGUGCCGUGGUCGGCCGGGAACAGACGCCUUGGCCCGGCGCUUCGGACAGCGGCCAGCGGAAGGGGGCUGGGCCAGCGGGUGGGUCCAUGCCACCCUCCCACGGUCAGAAGGACCUGAUUUUGACGCUGACCCAGCGGCAAGCCUGCCUGCAGGAUGUCAUCGACAGGGUGGUGUGUGUGAUCCCUCCGGUGGUGGCCGCGCCCCCGUCCCUGUGGGUGGCGAGGCCGCCGUCCCUCUACAUCCGCAGGAUGAGGCUCCUGAGGCACCGUCUUCGAGAGCACACGGCUCCCUACGCGCAGCAGCUGCGGCGGAUGACGGCGCUGCGCUCCCUCCGGUUUCCGGAGCUCCGGUUGGUGCAGUUCGACUCAGGAAAGCUCGAAGCCUUAGCCGUCUUGCUUCAGAAGUUGAAGUCUGAGGGACGCCGAGUGCUGAUCUUGUCGCAGAUGGUUCUCAUGUUGGACAUUUUAGAGGCGUUCCUGAACUUCCACUAUCUCACCUACGUCAGGAUCGACGAGAGCGCCAACAGCGAGCAGCGGCAGGAGCUGAUGAGGAGUUUCAACAGGGACAGGAGGAUCUUCUGUGCCAUUCUGUCAACCCACAGCCGCGCCACAGGCGUGAGCCUGGUGGAGGCCGACGCAGUGGUGUUCUAUGACAACGACCUGAACCCCGUGAUGGACGCCAAGGCCCAGGAGUGGUGCGAGCGGAUCGGAAGGCGCAAGGACGUCCACAUCUACAGGCUCGUGAGUGGUAAUUCCAUUGAAGAGAAGCUUUUGAAAAACGGAACCAAAGACUUGAUCCGGGAAGUAGCCGCUCAGGGCAAUGACUACUCCAUGGCUUUCCUGACACAGCGGACCAUCCAGGAGCUGUUUGAGGUGUGCUCUCCCACUGACGAUGCCGGCUUCCCAGUGAAGGCGGAGGAGUUCGUGGUCCUCUCUCAGGAGCCUUCUGCCUCAGAAAUCAUCGCCCCCAAAAUUGCAAGACCUUUCAUUGAGGCCCUUAAGAGCAUUGAGUACCUGGAGGAAGACGCCCAGAAACCCGAGGAGGAAGCCGUGCCGGGGGCGUCCGGCUCUGACAGCCCGAGGCGGAAGGAGGAGCCGUCGCAGCUGGAGGAGUUAGCGGACUUCAUGGAACAGCUUACGCCUAUCGAGAAGUAUGCGCUGAAUUACCUGGAGUUGUUCCACACGCCGGCUGGCCCCGAGAAAGAGGGAGACGGCGAGGACGCCGUGCUGACCGCCGUGAGGGAGUGGGAGGCCCAGAACGCGAGGGCUCUGCGGGAGAGGGAGGCGCGAGUGCUGCAGGAGCAGGAGCAGGAGCAGCUUCUCACCUACACCAGGGAGGACGCCUACAACGCGGAGUACGUGUGCGAAGGUGCCGACGGGCAGGUGGAGGUCAUGCCGCUCUGGACGCCGCCCACGCCACCCCAGGAUGACAACGACAUCUACGUGGACCCGGUCCUGUGUCUCACGUACGAAACCACGCCCAUCCCAGAGUCCAAGCUGCCUCCCGUGUACGUGAGGAAGGAGCGCCGGCGGCACCGCACGGACCCCUCAGUUGCAGGCAGGAAGAAGAAGCAGCGUCACGGGGAGCCGGUCGUCCCCCCUCGCUCGCUGUUCGACCGCGCCACGCCCGGCAUGUUGAAAAUGCGCCGGGAAGGGAAGGAGCAGAAAAAGAAUAUUCUGUUGAAGCAGCAGACACAGUUUGCCAAGCCGCUGCCGACUUUUGCUAAACCAACAGCCGAGUCAGGCCCAGACAACCCCGAGUGGCUCAUCAGUGAAGAUUGGGCGCUGCUGCAGGCCGUGAAGCAGCUGCUGGAGCUGCCUCUGAACCUGACCAUCGUGUCCCCGGCCCACACGCCCAACUGGGACCUCGUCAGUGACGUCGUCAACUCCUGCAGCCGCAUCUACCGCUCUUCCAAGCAGUGCCGGAGCCGCUACGAGAACGUGCUCAUCCCCAGGGAGGAGGGCAAGAGUAAGAACAACCGGCCCCUGCGCACAGGCCAGAUGUACGCCCAGGACGAGAAUGCCACGCACACGCAGCUGUACACGAGCCACUUCGACCUGAUGAAGAUGACGGCCGGCAAGAGAAGCCCCCCCAUCAAGCCUCUGCUUGGCAUGAAUCCCUUUCAGAAAAACCCCAAGCACGCCUCCGUGUUGGCAGAAAGCGGGAUCAACUACGACAAGCCGCUGCCUCCCAUUCAGGUCGCGUCUCUCCGAGCGGAGCGAAUUGCCAAAGAGAAGAAGGCUCUGGCUGAUCAGCAGAAGGCGCAGCAGCCGCCUGUGGCGCAGCCCCCGCCACCUCCACCGCAGCCGCAGCCCCCGCCGCCGCAGCAGCCACCCCCGCCUCUGCCCCAGCCCCAGGCGGCCGGCAGCCAGCAGCCUGCGGGCCCGCCGGCCGUCCAGCAGCAGGCCCCGGCGCAGCCCCAGGCGGCGCCCGCACAGCCCCCGCCGAAGGUGCCCCCGGCGAUCACCACCGUGGGCAGCGCUGCCGUGCUGCAGGCGGGAGCCAUGAAAACGUCGGUCACGGGGACGAGUAUGCCAACGGGCACGGUGAGCGGAAACGUCAUCGUGAACACCAUCGCGGGGGUCCCUGCCGCCACCUUCCAGUCCAUUAACAAGCGCCUUGCUUCACCUGUGGCACCAGGAGCCUUGACCACCUCCGGAGGCUCUGCUCCUGCCCAGGUGGUCCACACCCAGCCUCGCGCCGUCGGCUCCCCGGCCACGGCCACGUCCGACCUUGUGUCUCUGGCACCAACCCAGGGUGUUCGCGCAGUUACCUCUGUGACAGCCUCAGCUGUGGUCACUACCAGCCUGACCCCAGUGCAGACUCCUACACGGUCUUUGGUGACUCAGGUGUCCCAAGCCACAGGGGUGCAGCUGCCCGGGAAGGCCAUCACCCCCGCACACUUCCAGCUGCUCCGGCAGCAGCAGCAGCAGCCGCCGCCCCCGCCCCCACCCUCUCAGGUGCAGGUCCCGCAGAUCCAGGGCCAGGCCCCGUCGCCAGCACAGAUCAAGGCUGUCGGCAAGUUGACUCCGGAACAUCUGAUCAAAAUGCAGAAGCAGAAACUGCAGCUGCCCCAGCAGGCCCCCCCACCGCAGGCCCCGCCAGGGCCCCCACAGCCCGCUACACAAGUGCAAGUGCAGGCCCCGCCACCCACGCCGCAGCAGAGCCCCCAGCUGGCCACGGUCACGGCCCCGCGGCCCGGAGCCCUGCUCACGGGCACCACCGUGGCCAACCUCCAGGUGGCCCGGCUCACCCGGGUUCCCCCUUCGCAGCUGCAGGCGCAAGGGCAGAUGCAGGCUCAGGCGCCCCAGCCCGCGCAGGUGGCACUGGCCAAGCCUCCCGUGGUGUCCGUGCCGGCGGCCGUGGUCUCCUCGCCAGGUGUGACGACCCUGCCCAUGAACGUCGCCGGGAUCAGCGUGGCCAUCGGACAGCCGCAGAAAGCCGCAGGACAGACCGUCGUGGCGCAGCCCGUGCAUGUACAGCAGCUGCUGAAGCUGAAGCAGCAGGCCGUGCAGCAGCAGAAAGCCAUCCAGCCCCAGGCGGCCCCGGGCCCCGCGGCCGUCCAGCAGAAGAUCGCCGCACAGCAGAUUGCUGCUCAGGGCCAACCGCAGAAGGUCACCUAUGCCACCCAGCCAGCCCUUAAAACGCAGUUCCUUACCACACCCAUCUCCCAGGCCCAGAAACUGGCUGGGACGCAGCAGGUGCAGACCCAGAUCCAGGUUGCCAAACUCCCUCAAGUGGUCCAGCAGCAGACACCCGUGGCCGGCAUCCAGCAGGUGGCCUCUGCUUCCCAGCAGGCCUCCCCGCAGACUGUGACCCUGACUCAGGCGACAGCGGCCGGGCAGCAGGUGCAGAUGAUCCCCACGGUGACGGCGACCGCGCAGGUGGUGCAGCAGAAGCUCAUGCAGCAGCAGGUGGUGCCGACGGCGGCGGGCCAGCUGCAGAACCCCGGUGUCGCCGCCCCCGCCCAGGUGCCGGCCAGCUCCGACAGCCCCGGCCAGCAGCCCAAGCUGCAGAUGCGAGUCCCUGCCGUCCGGCUGAAGACGCCCGCCAAGCCCCCGUGCCCCUAGUCACAGCGGCGGGCGGGCCGCCGGGCACUCCGCCGCCGAGUCAAGAGCAGGCACGUUAUUUAUUGUUGAACCGUGGAACGGUGUCGUUGGAGGUGUUUGGCCCCGGGGAGGUUAUAACGGAAACAAAGUAGUGUCAUCGUUUUACUCUCCUGCGUCCAACACUGCGGGGAGCGGGGAGCCGUGGCCCGUGCCCCCGUGUCCAUGUCCGGGGACCGACGGUGGAGGUGCUGCUGGCACCUUCAGCUUCCCGUCUCUGCAGAGCGGUAGUGCCAGGUCUCGUGUGUGUGCGGUGUUCUGCACGGGGCCACGCGGAGGGGCAGUGAGUCGUAGAGGAGAGCUCUUGAACCUGAAACCUGGUCUUGGACAGCAUCCGCCUCUGCUUGGUUCUGUACUCCUACCUGAACGCGCAUUCUGGUCCUUGGAGAGGAGAGAGGUCGGCUGAGGAGGUCAUCUCCGGUCCGAGGCGGCCAGUGUGGUUUUCUCUUUCCCUCCUCUGAGGUGUUUCCAGGUCAUUCAUGACCUCUUCCGGCCAUGUGAAGGCUCACCGUCCCCGACUGAAUUUUCAUUCCAAAGAGCAGCCAGUGGGGCUCACGUCGGGCCCGCCCGCGGUGCCACGGGUGUCCUUACAGCACAUCCAGGACACUCCCAGCUGGCGGACGAAGCGCGUGUGUGGACGGAACCCGGGAGUGGCUCCGGCGAACUCCGUGAGGCUCCCAUCUCGGGCUGUGGGGCCUGGACUGCUGUGUGAGGGUCGGACGCCCACCCCAUCGCUCUCCCGCCCAGCCCAGGCGGGACCUGCGGACAGUGAGCAGCCUCCGCGGACUGUGCAGGGUCCCCGACAGACAUGGGCGUCGUGAGUGCUUCCUCGCGGGCUGAUGAGCCAGACUUCUGUUUCUCGUGACGCCGGCGUCGCGCCCGGGAGCAGAUGCACUCCCUUGUGGGUCCGUGCAAAGCAGAGGACCUUCUAUGCAGUAUUUGGGGACGCACUUGAGGGACAAAGAGGAGGCCCCGUGUUUGCUUCUGUUUUACUUUUUCACUGCAGUGAGCUAGUGUAAGUGUUGGCAGUGGGCGCGUUUGGCCGAUGACGUCUGCUUACCUGGACGCUGUCUCCCAGGCCCAGGCGCACAUCGGGCUCCCCGCUCUGUGUGCUGGCUCCGUGGCUCUCUUCUGCUGUGGGUCCAGAAACCCAGGUCCUGUGGGCUGUGUGUGGGCCUUCUGAGGGAGUCUCCCUGCUCCUUUUCUCUGUCCUCCCCCGUGUUCCGCUUUGAGUGGCACGAAGGAACGCGGACCGUAGUUUUGGUUUCCCAUCGAUUUACGUGGAUGGUAACAUGGCAGCAUCUACUGAAGCAACUGGGCAGCUCAUUACUGAGCUCUGGGUGAGAAAUUUGGAGAAAGGUAAAAAUCAAGUUUUGAAAAAAAUGGAAGGGACUUAACAUGAUAGUUGCUCCACUGUGUGGAGGCAGUGCUGCGAGGUGUGUUCUCACCACCACCCUCUGGCGUGGCCCGUGCUGCCAGGAGAGGACAGCGUGCCGGGGACUUCUGUGCUCCUACCCCGAUGUGCAGAGGUGCAGCGUGAUUUGUGUGCGCGGUGCACCUGGCCCCCCACUUCUGGGGCCGCUGGCAGUUGGCCCGGAGGAGGAAGAGGAUCUGUUUGCACCCGCUUUGGCGCACCCUGCUCGGGCCGUCUGCUGGGACAGAAGUGAGCCAGCGCGCCAGCGUUUGUGGCCUGGGCUCCUGCCUGCCUCAGUGUGUGAAUGAGCGGCCCUCGUGUGCGAGGCCGCGUCCUUCCCUGGCUGCUUACGUGGGACCCAGGGCAGACGGUUGGCUUUUGUCCGACUUAGAUGCACCAGGGGCCCCCGGCUUCACCAGCUGCUCCAGGAAACCUCCUCCUCCCCGGGUGUGGUUCUCUCCGUCUUCUGCUGUCAGGGGUCCACUGUCCUUUCUGAGCUCCACGCGAGUGUGGGGUGGUUCUGCCCGCAAACUCCCGCAUGGCCCAAGAACCAGCGCCCUGGCCAGGAUAGCAUGCGGGGCUGGUGGUCAGGCGCACCGCGGGAGCAUUGUCCGGCUCCCUCCUCUGGCGCAUCGUGGGCAGCUGCCGCUCUGAUCGAGGCUGGCCCGGGGCUCUUCUGCGUGAUGCCCCGGAGGCGGGGCUCGCCUGCAGGCAGUCUUCACCACUUUCUGUCCCCUGUGUCACCACACGGCUGUCAGGUUUCAAAUAUAAAGGAAGAAGACUGAAAUUGUAAAUACUUUGUAAACAUACCCGUUUGUACUUGAAUAGUAGGGUUUUAAAAAGGGCACUGAUAUCCCACCAAACAAAAGGUAUAAUAAAAUGACCUUUUUCUAUGCUU